CUCUUCCUUCCUUCCUUCCAUCCAAUCGCUGUAUCCAAUUUCACAAACAAAGCUUACAAUCUUUUGACCAAAAUGGGCAGCAGAGCUAACGGCGGCGCCACCACCACCGGCAAUGGCAGCGCCACCAUGGACAAAGGCGCCUUUCUCUACCACCAGAAAGAAAUGCUCUCUGACCGUGUUCGUAUAGACGCUUAUUACAACUCUGUUUUCAACAACAAGCACCACUUCAUCGGAAAAAGCAUGGCUUCAGCUGCCGAUGGUGGCGGUGCCGGAGACGGUGGCGAUGGUACUGUGAAUAUUAUUCCUCUGCUGCGUACGUUAGCCAAAGGGGCAGCUGUAACCCUAGGUGGGGUUCUAUCCAUCACAGUUAUUUCCUCAACUACAGUUGCAUUGUUCACACUGCACAAAAAGGAUCAAAUUGUGUCACCACCACCAUCAUCAUUAUUAUCAUCAUCUUCAUCGUCUAUGAAUAAAAAGAAUACAAGAUCAUGUGAUGUAUGCAAAGCAAAAGGGUUUUACAUGUGCAAAUUAUGCAAAGGGAAUGCUACAAUAGAGUGGUCUCCAUUGUAUGAUCCUGUGUUCAUUAAUCCAUGCCUUUGCCCUACUUGUGAUGGACAUAGGAUUCAACGAUGUCUUAACUGUUUGGGAAGUGGAUUCAUUCAAUAAACUAAAGCAUAGGAGUAAAUGGGUUGGAGUCUAGAGAAUGGUUGGUUUAAUGCCUGAUCUGUGGAAACCCUUGUGUUUUUUUGUUGAACUAAACCAGCUCGCACGGGCCUUCAACAAUUCUCUUGUUCGGUUUUGAUCGGGUUGCAAACAGGUUGAGUUUGAGUUCACUUGGUGGGUUAUGGUUUUGGGCUCGGAUUGUAUAUAUAAACUUAUAAUUUCUAUGAAAAAGGUUAUUAUAGAUAGAAAAGAGUAAGGUUUAGCAAUGAAAAUCAUUUAAUGAAUAAUACUUUUUUUUUUUUUUGAA